CUUAUUAUAGGGAACUCGGUAGAAUAGACUUUGAAUGAUAAAUCGAACUUUAAAUCAUGGUGGACAUAAAAUCUUCAUCGUGGACAUGUAAGGUGGAGGGUGGCCUAUCGCCGGUGUUUGAUGACUUUUUCUUGUAUAUGACCACUCCUUCACCAGAAGAGGUGCUGACUAGAGGGGAAAGAUCAUUCGGUAUCCCAGGCGAUAAAAACAAAGACGGUGCAACAGAUGAAGUGGAUGGUGGUCUCUUCAGUUGCUUCCCUUCAUUUUCAAAGGAAGAUUCGAGCUCCAGUAGCUCGAGCAGUGAUGCAGAAGAGAGAGAAGCAGAGACAUUACGUGUACGAAGAUCACAUUCUGGACGGCUCCGGAGUUUUUGGAGCAGAAAUUAUUUGUUUCGUUUGGAAUCUGCCUAUAACCCAAUGGACCGGGAGGAUGUGUAUCACGUUGUGAAAGAUGUACAGGACGUCGCCGAAAAAGAAUUAAGAAUUAAUGACAGAUUGGUUGCAAUAAAUGAGGAAAAUACGAAAAACAAAUCAUUAACAGACGUUGAAAUCAUGUGGGAACAACUCCAAAGAUGUCCAAAGAUUCAACUGAAAGUCUGGAGAUGGUUAUUCGGUGAAAAUGGUCUACAGAUAUGUGAGAUUACCAUAGUAUUUUAUUCCAUUCAGCCUGAGGAACUGUACAAAGAGCUAUCUUCAUUAUCACUUGGUGGUAAAAUUCCACGAAGGGUGAAAAAUCUUCGCUGGACAUCCUCAAAGUUCCGACCAUUUCACUUACGGAUUGCUUGUAAAACUGGAAUAUACGUGUCAGCCCAUGUGGAAGAUAUGGCGCUGUAUGGCGAACCGAUUUCUCAGAAGCCACAACAAAGUCGAUUUCGCUUCAUGAUUCGGUUUUUUGAGUGCAUGGUGACAAACAAUGAUGGGACGUCUGACCAGAGGUUUGGAUAUGUAGCAAAAUACAAAGAAAAUGGAAAAUACUUCGAUAUUUCGUCAAUUAUUACCGAAUCUGCCUCUACUGUUGUUCUAAAGCCACACGUGUCAUACAGUUCUAUGGCACCAGACGAACGGUUCCUUAUUAUGUAUGAGGUAGAGGAUGACGAUGACGUAUUUGAGUCACUUCUUUAUGAAAAUAUGUUCAUGAAGUUUAACAACGAGACGAAGAAGAUAACAAUGCAAGAACGUCAAGCACUGGGGCCAUUCUUCCUGUUUCAAACGUUUGUGGCACGUGGAAAUAAACCACCGCAAGUUAACAUAAACUGUUUUUCAGACGGAGGGCGUUUAUUUGCAUUUGAACCAAUAACUGAGGAGAAUUGUGAUCCUUGAAAUGUAAUGUGUAUAUGUUUGAUAUAUGUGUAAAGUAUAACAAUAUAGAAACACACGUUUAUAAUGAAAUUUAGAGACUAAUCGAUAUAUAGUUAAAAGGUGGGAAAAAUAUAUAUCUUCAAAUCAAUGACGAAAAUGUUGCAUGCAUUUCAGACAUAAUACAUUAUACCUCCUUACACAGGAAUUUCAAUAAAAACGAUAAAUUUUAUUGGGGUUAAGGUUUUGGAAAUGUUUAUUUCCAGUUUGAGGUACUUUUCCUUUUUCUAUCUGAGGACCACUAGUUGCAGAAUCAAUGUCACUCCUUGGUACUUCUUCCUUGAUCAUUAAUUAAUAUUCAUUAUUUUCAACCAUGCUCAAAAUAGAAGUGUUUAUACAAUUGUGAUAUCUGUGACUUAAUAUUACAAUCAGAUAUCGGAUCCACCUGACAAAGAGGUGGAAGGAACCUUGAAUUUGAAUUUGUUAUUUUGUUGAUAUAUUGUUUAUCAAAAGGAAGAUAUUAUUUCCAUUGACACUGAUUAAUUGGAAAUUUAAUA